GCGGCCCAAGUGUCGAAGCUUGUGCAUGGUACGGCCCUGCGGCGGGCAAUGAAUUCGGGCGCCUCACAGGGCCACAGCCGCCAGACCUCCUGGCACAGCUGCCCGGACUCCGACGCAUGGUCAGUUGUUGGAGACGGCAGCAGGGUUCCCCGGGCAUAGACCGCAGCUACAUGGCGCUAGACUUCGCAGGCACCAUAGACAUGAGUCAGGUGAUCCACCUGCCAGACAGGGACGCGUCGAGCCCUCCAAGUGCCAGGGACGCCAGGGACGACCUGCAGGAGAGCCGCGCCGGCGACAGCCUCUGCGCAGCAGCCGCCCACCCUCAGCGGGACCGCCAGGAUCAGCCCCGCGUGAGCUCGGAGGUGACCGCGGAGCACCUUGAGCUCCUGGCGCGCAGAGUGGACCUGGAGCGCAUGGAGCUCAGGUGCCGCGGCGUGGAGUCUCAGAGCGAGGCGCUUCGCGAGGGCAUGCAGUCGCUGCAGGAGGAGUUCCAUCACGGACAGAUGGCGCGCGAGGAGAUCGAGGAGAGAUGCCAGCACCAGGAGACCGAGCUCAAGACGUUGGCCGUGGAGCAGGCGCGCCUCCUGAGCGUGGCGCGGGCCGAGGGCUCCGAGUGGGCGCUGGCGGAGGGCCGGCUCCGCGCCGCGGAGGCGGACUGCCAGGCAUCCAGCGGCCAGCUGAGUGACUUGCAACGGCUGCGCGUCGCUGACGAGGAGGCACACCGUGAGGUCUCGCAGGAGUGGGAGGCGGCCGAGGCGGGCCUCCUGCAG